ACAGGCAGGCAGACAGACAGACGGAGGCAGAGGAACAAAGCCCGGGCGACCAUGGGAAAUACACCAUCUCAAGGCAUGUCAAUGUUCAUCCAUUCUUAAGUAGCAGAUCCCGAGAGGACUAGCGCCCACAUGAUCUCGGCAGACGAUGCAGAAUAUCCACGGGAAUACCGGACCUUGGGCAACGGCACCCGCCGCUUCUCCAAUGUAGGGCUGGUGCACACCUCCGAACGCCGGCACACUGUAAUUGCGGCUCAGAGCCUGGAAGCCCUCACCGGGCUCCAGAAGUCUGAGAUGGAACGGAAGCGGGACGCAUUCAUGGAUCACUUGAAGAGCAAGUACCCCCAGCACGCCCUGGCGAUCCGAGGUCAGCAGGAGAGGAUCCGGGACCAGCAACCCAACUACUGGAGCUUUAAGACCCGAAGUUCCCGGCACUCACAAGGCUCUCAGCCUGGCUUGGCGGAUCAAGCCAAACUCUCCUUCGCUUCGGCUGAAUCUCUGGAAACCAUGUCUGAAGCUGAGCUGCCCAUCGGGUUCAACAGAAUGAACCGCUUCCGGCAAAGCUUGCCUCUCUCCCGUUCCACCAGCCAAACAAAACUCCGGUCACCAGGCAUCCUUUUCCUGCAGUUUGGGGAUGAGACAAGGAGGGUUCACAUCACCCAUGAGAUCAGUAGCAUGGAUACACUGCACGCCCUCAUCGUCCACAUGUUUCCUCAGAAGCUCACGAUGGGAAUGCUCAAGUCACCCAACACUGCCAUCCUGAUCAAGGACGAAUCCCGCAAUGUCUUCUACGAGCUGGAGGAUGUCAGGGACAUCCAAGACAGAAGCAUUAUCAAAAUCUACCGGAAAGAGCCCCUUUAUGCCUCCUUCCCUGGAUCCCACAUCACCAACGGUGACCUGCGGAGAGAGAUGGUCUACUCUUCCAGGGAGUCUUCCCCCACCCGGCGCCUAAACAGCAUGUCCCCCGCUUCUCACCUCACCUCUGGCUCGCCUCCGCCGGUGCUCCAGUCAUCCUCCCCGUCCCGUUCCCGCAUGUCUUACAGCGGCGGGCGUCCACCUUCCUACGCCGGCAGCCCUGUGCACCAUGCAGAGUGCCUCUCCAACCUGCCUCCAGCCCAGGGUGUAUCGCCCAGCCCAAGUGCCAUCUUGGAACGCCGGGAUGUCAAACCAGAUGAGGAUCUGGCUGGGAAAAACAUGGUACUGAUGAAAAACGAGGGUCUAUACGCCGACCCCUAUGGCAUGGUGCAUGAGGGACGCUUGAGUAUUACAUCCACUCAGUCAUUAGCGGGGAUCGGAGACCCGUUUGCCUACCCUGGCGGGCUCUACAAGCGGGGUUCGGUCCGUUCCCUCAGCACCUAUUCGGCUGCUGCCCUGCAAACGGAACUGGAAGAUAGCUUGUAUAAGCCCAAUGCACAGAUCUAUAGCGAUACCUACGGUCCAGGGAUGGGCUUCCGCUUGCCUCCGUCAUCACCCCAGAAAAUUGCCGAUGGGCGGCUGGUGGAUGUUCAGCAGAGCCAAAGUCUACACAGCCCUUACUCAGGGCCGCCAAGCAGGUCCUCACCAGUCCGCCAGUCCUUCCGCAAAGACUCUUGCUCCUCAGUAUUCAUGGAGAGCCCCGUCAACAAGCCCCGGAACCCAAGCUCUUCAGGGCCUUCAGAGGUCUUCCCUGGACCUGGGGAACGCCCACUUUCUGGGUUCAGCUCACCAGUGCCUGCCAAGGAUACGGAAACCAGGGAACGGAUGGAAGCGAUGGAGAAACAGAUCGCCAGCCUCACGGGAUUGGUGCAGAGUGCGUUGAUGAGAAGUUCCGAUGCGGAAACCCCCAACGAGAGGACAGAAGGGACCAAUGGAGGGACACCUCCAUCAGCACCCCCCAGCCGAAGCAGUGCAGGGACUCCGGUGCCUGGCCCCCCACCCCCAUCUGCAACUGGUACGCCAGCCGGGCAGCCCACAGCCAUCACCCGCCUGCACAUGCAGCUGCACCUUCAUGACCUGCAGCACAAUGCCAGCGACCUCCGUAACCAGCUGCACCAGCUCAAAAAACUGCAGCUGCAAAACCAGGAGACGGUGAAGACGAUGCUGCGGCGGACAGAGACGGAGAUCAGUGUGCGGGUGAUGGACACCAUGCGCAAGCAGGAGGACCCCUUGCAGCGCCAGCGCACCCUGGUGGAGGAGGAGCGCCUACGCUACCUCAACGAGGAAGAGCUCAUCACCCAGCAGUUAAACGACCUGGAGAAAGCUGUGGAGAAGAUCCAGAAAGAUUUCAGCCACAAUCACCGCCUUAUCUCUCCGCAAGAGCUGGAGGAGAAGUCCUUGGUGCUUAAACAGCUGGGAGACACCUUGACAGAACUGAAGGCUAAUUUCCCCAGCCUGCAGAGCAAAAUGCGCGUGGUCCUCCGCGUGGAAGUCGAGGCUGUGAAGUUCCUCAAGGAAGAGCCUCACCGGCUGGACGGCCUGUUCAAGCGGUGCAAGGCGGUGACCGACACGCUGGCGCAAGUCCGCAGGCAAGUGGAUGAGGGCGUCUGGGACUCAUCCACUAACCUUCUCAGCCAGUCUCCAAAGAAGGUGGAGCCAGAAAGUGACUUCAGCAAGGGAUUGGAUUUCGAGAUGCCCACCAGCCCCCCGAUGAACCUCCACGACUUGACUGCUUCGACUGACAGCCUGGGGACAAGCACCUUCGGGCAAAGUCCUGGGCAGAGCCACAUCUCCAAGAACAGCAACCCGUCCCGGGGAUCAGAGAUGGCAGCAGUCAAGACCCAGAUGGGCUCCGAGACCCCCAGCAAGAGGAAUGUGGACAGAUCAGUGUCUAUGGAGGCCGCAGAGCGAGACUGGGAGGAGAAGCGCGCCGCCUUGACCCAGUACAGUGCAAAGGACAUCAAUCGCCUUCUGGAAGAGACCCAGGCGGAGCUGAUGAAGGCCAUCCCCGACUUGGAGUUCGCGGCCAAGCACAAGCAGACCUCCAGCAGCGGCGGAAGCGCAGCCUCCACCCCCGAGCACAAGCCCCCCAAGCCCCAGCAUGCACAGAAGACCACGGCCAAAAUGGACCCCAAUGGCCGCCGGGGGUCAGAUGAGCUGACGGUGCCUAGAUAUCGAACUGAGAAGCCCUCCAAGUCUCCUCCCCCGCCCCCACCUCGGCGAAGUUUCCCAUCCUCCCAUGGUCUCACAACCACUCGCACUGGGGAAGUGAUCAUCACCAGCAAAAAAGAAUCCAGCUUUAUGAAGAAAGCAGAGUCAGAAGAGCUGGAGAUGCAAAAGCCGCAAGUGAAACUGAGGAGGACCGUCUCAGAGGUCGCCCGGCCUGCUUCGACUCCCCCCAUCAUCGCCUCCGCCAUCAAAGACGAUGAUGAUGAAGACAGGAUCAUUGCUGAACUCGAGGUGUUUCAAAGAAGCUCUUCAUUUAUUCCUAAGUUCCGUUGUGACCAGCUUGCGCCAACCACAGACACGUGGCCCAAUGGGGCCACCGUAGCACCCAAAGGAUGGAAGAGUGGCAGCGGCGUCUCCAUCCCAGCCAUGAAGAUGGUCAACCCAGCAUCGCGGCUGAAGCAAACACAGCAGGGCAGCCCAGACAAAAGCAAACACAUAAAGCAACGCAUGGAAUACAUGCGCAUCCAGGGACAGCAACAGGCCGCUAGAUCAACCAAGGACCCUAGCACGGUGAAUGAGACCUCAAGCCCUGUCUCAGAAAAACCUACUUCGGGCAGGACCUCCAUCCCAGUACUGACUUCCUUUGGGUCACGGAACUCCUCCAUUUCCUUCUAAAGGCUC